AUGUCUGUCCCACGCCUGAUCUUCCUCUACCCUCACCUCUUCAACCCAGCAAGAUUCCACAAGGCAGGUCUCACAUUCAAGCCCCGACGUGCUUCCCAACAGCCCUUCCAAAAAGCAGGCAUCAGCACCACGCGAACCCGCAGACAAGAAACCUACGCCCAACGCUAUGGCACGGCCGCCGAACCUCAACCACCCCCCGGCAUGCCCACGAAACCCCAAGAGGAGAAAUCUCUAGCUAGUGCCAUCGAGAAAGAAGUGAAGAGGGACACCAAACCCGAGGAAAACAAAAUCCAAGCCCCUCCAUCAAAAGAAUCCGAGAAAAAGGCAACGCCAGAACCCAAAGACGACAACAAAGUGUUACCAGACGCGUCCCGCGACGCUGCAAUCACAACCUCGAUGCGUGACCCCUCAACCCGUGCCACCGAACUCGACGCCUCGGAGCCUCACCCCAAACAAACAUCCCCCGAAUCCAUUAACGACAGCAAAACCCGCACCGCCAAGCCGCUCGAAACCGUUCUGCAAAUGGGCGCCCCGGCGGUCGAGAAGCCAGAAGAGCAUAAAGCGCCGCAUCUGCAGGCGCCGCCGUAUGUGCACCAUUUCGAUACCUUUACGCUCGUGAAGGAUCUGGAGGGGGGAGGGUUUAGUGAGGAGCAGAGCGUAACCAUUAUGAAGGCCGUGAGGGGGCAGUUGGCGAUAAACUUAGAUGUGGCUAAGGAAGGCUUGGUUUCAAAGUCUGACGUCGAGAACGAAACCUACCUUUUCCGCGCCGCCUGCUCCGAACUGCGCACCGAAAUCCUCAACACCCGCAAAAGCAGCUCCACCCACACCCGCACCCAGCUCUCCCACCUCCAACACACCUAUGACAUCCUCUCCCAGCGCGUCUCCCAAGAAGCACUGAGCCUCAAAGACGACCUCCGGGGCAUGCUCAACGACCGCCGCAUGGCCGUGCGCAUGCAGAGCCAGACCCGCGACGGAGAGAUCAGCGAGUUGAAUUACAAAAUCAGUGUCGUGCUUGGGUCAGAGCAGAAGAGCGAGGUGGAGGGCCUGAGAUGGGUGUUGACGAGGAGGGCGGCGAUGGCGAUCGGGCUGAUGGCGGUUUUGAUACUGGGGAGUUUGAGGUAUAGUAGUUAUAAGAUGCACGAGAGGGACAUUGAGGAGAGGAAGAAAGGGGCUCAAUCGCAGAGUUCGGGGACGGGGACGAGUAGUGGGAGUGCGGGCGGCAGUUUUACGGUGCCGAGUCGGGAGAUGGGGACGCAGACUGGGACAGAGGAGAAGGGCGGCAUGGGUGAUAAGAGUGAGAAUGUUGGGUAUGUUUCGUUGGGGUAG